AUGACAGCAUUGAGUAUGUUAGUAGUUGGAAUGCUGGCAGCGACAGUAACGGCGAGUCCAGUACAAUCCAAGGGGUUUGUGCCAGUAGGGCUAGGGGAAAACCAUAUCAGCAAUGUCAAUGGGAGCAGCAAAUUCAACAGCACAGCGAACACGGCACACCCGCAUUUAAUGCACUCGAAUAAAACACUGGACACGCUGAGUGGAGAUAACUCAACGGAUUAUCACUUUGCACCUGUGCCUGUUGGACUACCAGGAAGCAGCUUUAACUGA